CCAACAUUUAAGCAUGGAAGUAAGCGUCGGCCCCCACUCGGUUGUGACGUCAGCGGGGCAGUUAGCUCAGACCCAAGAUGGCGGAGGUGCGCGGGCUGAGGAGCAGAGCUCACUUUGAGCCAAACUGUAAAAGCACACGAGCUGAGCAAGGCUCGAGCGGUGUCCAAGAUGUCACCGUGAUUCGACGCAGUCAGAGGAGUGCUCUAGCCAGACCCGAGGACCUGGAUGAUGACUUGCUCCUGGAAAAGAUGAACUCCGACUGGACUCCUUCACCUGAUGAAGGCGUUCAGGAAUUACAGGAAGAGGAAGAGGAGAAGGCCCGGCCGGUGCAGAUCCUGCUGGCCAACAAGGACGAGCACAGCUUUGAGCUGGACUCCGCCGCGCUGGAGAAGAUCCUGCUGCAGGAGCACGUGCGGGACCUCAAUGUGGUGGUGGUGUCGGUUGCUGGCGCCUUCCGCAAGGGCAAGUCCUUCCUGCUGGACUUCAUGCUGCGCUACAUGUACAAUCAGCAAAAAAAGCAGUGGAUCGGCGGUGACGAUGACCCGCUGACCGGUUUCACGUGGAGAGGAGGCUGCGAGAGGGAGACCACCGGAAUUCAAGUCUGGAAUGAAGUCUUUGUGGUGGACAAGCCGGACGGCAGCAAGGUGGCCGUCCUCCUGGUGGACACGCAGGGAGCCUUCGACAGCCAGUCUACCAUUAAGGACUGUGCCACAGUGUUUGCCCUCAGCACGAUGACCAGCUCCGUCCAGGUGUACAAUCUCUCGCAAAACAUUCAGGAAGAUGACCUGCAGCAUCUUCAGCUCUUCACGGAGUACGGCCGCCUGGCCUUGGAAGAGGUCUACUUAAAACCUUUUCAGUCCCUCAUGUUCCUCAUUCGGGAUUGGAGUUUCCCCUACGAGUAUGACUACGGCCUGGAGGGAGGCAACGCUUUCUUGAUGAAGCGCCUGCAGGUGAAACAGAACCAGCACGAGGAGCUGCAGAACGUCCGCAAGCACAUCCGCUCGUGCUUCUCCAACAUCGGCUGCUUCCUGCUGCCUCACCCGGGCCUCAAGGUGUCCACCAAUCUCCACUUUGAUGGCCGACUGAGAGACAUCGACGGGGACUUUAAGCGGCAGCUGUCGCAGCUGGUGCCGCUGCUCCUGGCACCCGAACAACUGGUGGUGAAGGAGAUCGGCGGCAACAAAGUCACAUGUCGAGAUCUUGUGGAGUACUUCAAGGCGUACAUCAAGAUCUAUCAAGGUGAAGAGCUGCCUCAUCCAAAGUCCAUGUUACAGGCAACGGCGGAAGCCAACAACCUGACUGCCGUAGCUGGAGCCAAAGACAUGUACAGCAAGAACAUGGAGCAGGUGUGCGGCGGCGAUAAGCCGUACGUCGCCCCCGCCGACCUGGAGCGCUCCCACGAUGAGUUCCGCGAGCACUCUGUGCGCUACUUCCGCUCGGUGAAGAAAAUGGGCGGCGCCGAUUUCUGCCAGCGCUACCAGAGCCAGCUGGAGGGCGAGCUGGACGAGACCUUCGGAAACUUCUGCAAGCACAACGACGGCAAGAACAUCUUCUACGCGGCGCGCACGCCCGCCACGCUCUUCGCCGUCAUGUUUGUCGCCUACGUGGUGUCGGGCGUAACGGCCUUUGUGGGUCUGAGUACGCUGGCGGCGCUGGCCAAUCUUCUGAUGGGCCUGGCGCUCUUGUCGCUCUGCGCGUGGGCGUACGUCAAGUACUCUGGCGAGUUCCGCGAGGUGGGAACCAUCAUCGACCUGGUGGCAGAGACGCUGUGGGAACAGGUUCUCAAGCCGCUCAGUGAACAUUACAUGGAAGACAGCGUGCGGCAGACGGUGGUCAACUCGCUCAAAGCCAGCCUGACCGAACCUGGCGGCAGUGGCGGUGGCUCGUCCUCUUCGCAGCAGCAGCAGCAGCAAAACGCCAAGUUAAAGACGCACUGAUGCACUUCCCUCAUCAUUAUCAUCAUCAUCAUCAUCACUCUUCCUCAUGUGUUUAGAACUGUGACGAGUAGAUCAACACCAAAGCUUGCAGUGGCCUUUUGCCAAAAGACAAUUUUUCAUCACCAUCCUCAACAAUGGAUGCAAACGCGUUGCCUUGAAAGCACAAAUAUUCCCAACGAGGUCUUCAGGAAACAAAACGGAGGGCAAAUGAGAGUAUUGAAAAGCUGCUGACUUGACGCCUCCAUUGGUUAAGAUGCGUUUGUAACCUUAUGGCUUUGUCAUCAAUGGAAACUGUAUGGGGCAGCCAUUGUGUUUGCAGUUCAGAGCCAAACACCCAUUACGUGGUUUGUAGUCCUGUCCUGCAUGGUGCUCAGAUGGGCAUUUUCAACUCUGCUGCCUUUGGCAACGUUGCACAUAGUGCACGAUCUAACUUUGGCUUUUUCAUAGGAUUACUUAAUUUGGUCCGACUGACAUUUUGACACGAUAAACCAAUUAAAAAUGACACUGAGCAAGCAACUCAGGCUUUAGUUGGCUCUUCGCCUAGGCUCCCCUAAAUUGUACAUAUUGUUUUCAAUAUUUCUUGGCUUAGUCUUCUUUGUCCACUUGUUUUACUAAUUCAUAGAAACUUAAUUUGUUCCAUUGCUGACAUUUUUGACGUGGAUGUGACAUUGAGCAAAUUUAAGGCUUUAGCUGGUUUAGCUUUCAGGCUAAAAGGCUCCUACUCUCCAUGUUGUACGACCCAAACGGACUUUAAUUUGCCUCUUAGUUUAAUUCCAUGUACUUUGUCCAUGGCAUGUUUUGCUAUAAAAAAAAACUUAAUUUGCUCCCUGGCUGACAUUUUAAGCCAAUUAACAUCAAGUGAGUUAAUUGCUUCCGCUUAGGCUAAAAAUGCUUUUCUCAAAGUUGUAUAUUUUCAUGACAACAUAGGUUUAAGAUAAUGCUUCAUCUACUUUAAUAUUUAGGUAAACUACUACUUAACAAUUAUGCUCAUUAUCACGGUUGUCGGUGUUAAUUAUCUAGCCUCCUCGCCUUAUUAUAUGAAACAUCAAAUUUAAAGCUUUAGUAGGCAGGCUAAUAAACUCCCAAAGGUUCUUUUUCUUCAUAGGGUCUUAAUUUGAAAGAUUAAAAUCCCAUACGAGUAAGAUUAAGCAAAUUCAAGGCUUUGGCAGGUUAGUAUAAUUUACAGAAUAAAAUGUUGACCUCGUUAUUUCUGUUUGUGCUAAUCAAGUUAAAGUCCAACCUAGUUAGUUGCAACUUUCUAAAGGAAUAAAGCACAGGUUAUUUUUUCAUUUUUUACCAACGCUGGUUUGUAAUAGUGUUAAAUCAGAAUACUCAAUGUGAAUUUUGCCCUUUACCCGUCGCUCUCCUUCGAUUCUCAGGAGCCAAUAAGCUAGUAGUAGCUUCAUUCAAUCACCUCAAGCGCCAGUUUUGUUACACAUUGAGCCUGCAUGUUAGAUAUUUAAAUAAAGUUAGAAAAUGUUUUAUAGUGAAUCAAGCUUGUGUGUGUGUUUGGCUCAAUUUACCUGUUGUGGUGUUGCUGCUGUAGAAGUAUGAGCAGGUGUUUGAUGACGCCUGAUAAUGUGAUUGGCUGAGUGAGGUUAAAGUGUGAUGCCUGUCCACCUUUUUAAAAUCAUUUUCGGUAAUUUAUUUUUGAAUAAAGUGUUUACCUUGAUUAAAUCCUU